AAACGCAAUUUCAUUCUGCCGUACAAGUACUGUAAGGCUAGAAUGCCAAUAAAGCAUUUGAACUUUGAUUUAUUGAGGAAGGAUACUGUGAAAGUUAUGCACUGAGGAAAACAAGUCUCCAGGGCAGUAAAUGGUCUGUGUGAACCAUAGGGAAAGCGAAACUUUUUUCAUCUGAAUCUCACAUUACUGCCACGGAUCAAAGACGCAGUUCCGUAAUAUUACACAAAAGUAGAGUCGGAGCAAACACCUGCAACUUUAUGGACUCGCUGUGCAUCAAUCGUAAGCUGUUCAUGAUGUCUGAGAUUUGACAGCCGCUGGACAGGAGAUAAAGGAAAAAUGAAUCUAGCAUUUGUUAAAGAGCUGCUCCUGAACUCACUGGAGGACCUGGUCACAGCUGAUCUAAAGAAAUUUCAGUGGUAUUUAAAGAAUACAUAUCAAUGUACUUCAAAUUCUAAAAUGGAGAAUGCAGAUCAGUUACAAACAGUGGAUGAGAUGGUGAAAGGUUUUGGCCCAGAAAAAGCUGUUGAGGUCACAAUGGACAUCCUGAGGAGGAUGAAUCAGAAUGAUCUGGCUGAACAGCUGGAGAACAAACACAAGACAGGUCCAACUGCAGAGCAUACUAAAGCCUCUCUUUAUAGUUUAGAAUUUAGCAUCAGACUAAAGAACAAAUUAAAACAGGAUUACGAGAAGGUAUUGGUUGGUAAUUCUGAGAGAGGUCGUCGGAAAAACCUGACAGAUAUUUACACUAAUUUAUAUGUGGUGGAGAAUGAGACUGGAGGAAUAGUGAAUGAGCAUGAGGUGAGACAGAUCGAAUCGAGUGGCAAUCGAUUUGCUGCCACAGACACGCAAAUCCAGUGCAACGACAUAUUCAAAGCCCAGCAUGAUAAGGCUCGACAAAACAGAAAAGUGCUGACGUUGGGAAUCGCAGGAGUGGGAAAGACCAUCUCUGUCAAUAAAUUCAUCCUUGACUGGGCUGAAGGAAAAGAACAUCAGGAUAUAGUCUUCGUAUUUCCAAUCCCAUUCCGUAGACUGAAUUUGAUCAAACAAGAAUGCAGUCUCAUGGAACUGCUUCACAGUUGUUUCUUUAGCGGUCCUGAUAAACUUCCAUCUCUUCCGGAAGGUGAUGGUAAGGUCAUGUUCAUCUUUGAUGGGCUGGAUGAAUGUCGUUUCCCAUUGAGAUUUGAUGAGAAUGAUGGAUUUACUGAUGUUGACCAAAAAACAACAGUGAGUAACAUAGUUACAAACCUGAUUGAGAGACAUCUGGUUUCCUCUGCUCUCAUCUGGAUCACAUCUAGACCAGCAGCAGCCAGUCUGAUACCCCGAGAUUAUGUCGAUCUAGUGACAGAGGUACGAGGAUUCAAUGAAGAGCAGAGAGAGCAGUACUUUAAAAACAAUAUCGAUAGCCUUGAGGGUGCUGAAAACAUUAUCCGUCACAUCAGGAAAUACAGAAGCCUUUACAUCAUGUGCCACAUCCCCGUCUUCUGCUGGAUCUCUCUCACAGUUCUUCAGCCUCUGCUGGCUCAAAAAAAUAAUGAGAAAAAUCCCACCACUCUCACAGGGAUGUACACAAACUUCUUACUUUUUCAGCAGCAACAGAUGAAAAACAAAUACAGGGAUGAUCCUAAACCUCAAGUCAGUGCUAAGUCUUUUGAUCAUUUUUUUCUGAAGCUUGGGAAACUGGCCAUUCAACAACUGCAGAAAGGACAUCUGAUAUUCUACAAAGAAGAUCUUGAGGAAUGUGAAUUAGAUAUCAAUGAAGGAUCAGUGAACUGUGGGUUAUGCACUCAGAUCUUUCAGGAGGAAGAGGCUGUUACAGCAAGAAGUGCGUACAGCUUCAUACAUCUCAGUGUGCAGGAAUUUCUCGCUGCACUCUAUGUGUUUUUUAUUAACAAAGACAAGAAAGCUAACCCAUUUCGUGAAUUCAGGAAAAAACUGCCAGUAACCUUUAGGGGAAAUUCCAUUUUUCACCUGCAUAAGGAUGCGAUUAAAAAGGCGUUACAAAGCAAGAAUGGACACCUGGACCUCUUCCUUCGGUUCCUUCUGGGUCUCUCACUGGAGUCCAAUCAGAGUUACCUGAAGGAGCUACUGCCAACACUGCAGCUGAAAUCAGAGAAUGUCAAAGACACCGUUGACUAUAUCAAAAAGAAAAUAGAGGAGGAGAAAUCAGUGGAGAAAACCAUCAAUCUCUUCCACUGUCUGAAUGAACUGAAAGAUGACUUUGUGGAAGAAAUCCAGAAAAAUCUGAGCUCAGGAAAUAUUUCAGCACAGAAUCUCUCCUCUGCUCAGUGGUCAGGUCUGGUGUUUGUGCUGAUGAUGUCAGAAGAGACUCAAGAAAAGUUUGAAUUGUGGAAAUACGGAAGAUCUGUUGAAGCACUCAUGAGACUGGUGUUAGUGAUCAAAAACACUAGAAGAGCACUGCUACAUAAUUGUAAUCUUACUGCUCAGUCCUGUGAAAGUUUGUCUUCAGUUUUGCAAUCCUCAGACUCUAUCCUUGUAGAACUGGACCUGAGUAAAAAUGACCUGCGAGAUUCUGGAGUAAAGCUGCUUUCUGAUGGACUGAAGAGUGCAAACUGUCAGCUGGAGAUACUGAGGCUGCAUAGCUGUAAUCUCACUGCUGAGUCUUGUGGUAGUUUAUUGUUAGCUCUACAGUCUUCAAACUCUGUCUUGAGAGAGCUGGAUCUGAGUUACAAUGACCUAAAGGAUUCUGGAGUGAAGCUUCUUUUUGAUGGACUGAAGAGUCCAAAAUGUCAGCUGGAGAUACUGAGAUUGUCUGGCUGUAUGGUAACAGAGGAAGGCUGUGGUUAUGUGUCUUCAGCUCUGAGUUCAGAUUCCUCACACCUGAAAGAGCUAGAUUUAAGCUACAAUCACCCUGGGGAUUCAGGAGUCAAGCUGCUCUUGGAUACAUGCAGCCAUUCACACUGCAAACUGGAGAAACUCAAGCUACAGUUCUGUAAUCUCACUGGUGAGUCCUGUAAAAAUUUGUCAUCAACUCUACAGUCUUCAAACUCUUUUCUGAGAGAGCUGGAUCUGACUAACAAUGACCUGCAGGAUUCUGGAGUGAAGUUUCUUUCUGAUGGACUGAAGAGUCCAAACUGUCAGCUGGAGAUACUGAGUCUCUCAAGCAUGACACAGCAUUCCACAUACGUGGUGUUCAAGAGGAAGUUUAAAAAAAUUCUAAAGGAAGAAACCUUGGGCCUCAUGUAUAAAAAAUUGUCUGGCUGUAUGGUGACAGAGAAAGGCUGUGGUUAUUUGUCUUCAGCUCUGUGCUCAAACCCUUCACGGCUAAAAGAGCUGGACCUGAGCUACAAUCACCCAGGAGAUUCAGGAGUUAAGCUACUCUCUGAUACGCUCAACCAUCCAAACUGCAAACUGAGCAAACUCAAUGUGGAUCAUAGAAGACAGCUCAGGAUUACAGCAGGACUACACAAAUAUGCCUGUAAUCUCACACUGGAUCCAAACACAGCAAACACUCAUCUUGUUUUGUCUGAGGAGAACAGAAAGCUGACAUAUGUGGAAGAGGAGCAGCCGUAUCCUGAGCAUCCAGAGAGAUUUUAUGAGUGUCCCCAGGUUCUGUGUAGAGAGAGUCUGUCUGGACGCUGUUACUGGGAGGCUGAAUGGAGUGAAUGUGCUGAUAUAUCAGUGACAUAUAAAGGAAUCAGCAGGAAAGGAGCGAGUGAUGAUUGUGAAUUUGGAUUAAAUGAAAACUCCUGGAGUCUGUUCUGUUCUGAUGGCAGACUCACUGUCUGUCAUAAUAAUGCAUUUACUGACAUACGUGUCCCUUCAGGCUCCUCUAAGAGAGUAGGAGUGUAUGUGGAUGUUUCAGCUGGCACUCUGUCCUUCUACAACGUCUCUGACACACACACGCUCACACACUUACACACAUUCACCACAACAUUCACUAAACCUCUUUAUGCUGGAUUUAGGUUGGUGUUUUCUGGCUUUUGUGGUUCAGUGUCUCUUUGUCAGAUGAAAAACCUGUAA